AUGGUACAUAUCUAUCUAUCUAUCUAUCUAUCUAUCUAUCUAUCUAUCUAUCUAUCUAUCUCUCUCUCUAUCUAUCUAUCUAUCUAUAUAUAUAUAAGAAUCUAUUUAAAAAGCAAAUACGUCUUUUCUUACUUCCUCUCUUUCACUUUUCGUCGUCUAGGGGCUUGGCUGACGAUUAAGCAUAAAAUGCGCUCCCUCUCUCUUUCGUCUUGGUAUAACAGCAUUUUCGCUCGAGAUGGUCUGUUCUUUCUUUCUUUUCCCUCUCGUGCUUUGUUUAAGGGCUUCGUGACAGUUGAAACUGCUUUCUUUCUCUUCGAUAUAGCGGCGUUCCGCAUGCGUCGUCAAACGGGUCUAUCCAUUCCACUCGGAGACCAAUUCUCCUCACAAUUUUGCGAACACAUAUUUUCGGCCCAUAUGCCGAGACAUUUGCCAGACGUCCUACCGGCCUGCAGGCCUAGGCCAAAACUAACUUUUCCGUUUCACUAUUCGUUUCCGUUUUCUUCUUGUCACGUGGUCAAUUUUCAAAAUACUAAAUUUUCCCAUUAUGGGUGGAAUGAGGUCAUCGACCUCUCUCUCAUUUUCAGGGUCAGAGAAAGUUUAGUUUAA